AUGGCUGCCCCAAAUGCGACAGAGCAUGCUGCCAAGAGGCGCAAAACGCGGCAAGAUUCGGGGUCUGUCACAAUUGGAGGCAAAACCAUCUCAGUCGCAGGAUAUCUUACACCUUCUCGACCCAAGAAACAAGUCGAAGCAAGCAGCGCUCUACUCAAGACUCGCCGCGAGUUACCAAUAUGGCAGCAUCAAGAUGAGAUUCGAUCGGUUGUGAAGCGCAUAGGUACCGACGUUAUUGUCAUUGUGGGAGAGACGGGUUCUGGUAAGAGUACGCAAGUGCCGCAGUUUCUCUAUCAGGAACCCUGGUGCAAACGACACAAGGUCAAGCUGCCAGGCCGGCAGGAAGACGGAUAUGUUGGAGGCAUGAUUGCUAUUACACAGCCGAGGCGCGUUGCAGCCACGACUCUGGCGCAUCGCGUUUCAACUGAAGCUGGCACUCCACUUGGCAAAGGGCGGCCAGAUGGGCUCGUGGGAUACUCAGUUCGAUUCGACCACCAGGUGCCACGAGGCACCCGCAUCAAAUUUCUAACUGAGGGUACUCUGCUGCAGGAGCUUCUUCGGGAUCCCUACUUGAAACAGUACAGUGCAGUGGUCAUUGACGAAAUUCACGAGAGAAGCCUGGACGUCGACCUCCUGGCCGGAUUUCUGAAACAGAUAUUGUUUGGAGAUAAAACGGAAAGGGGAGGCAUCCCUCUCAAGGUCAUCAUCAUGAGCGCUACAGCUGAAGUGGGCGUUAUUCAAGAGUUCUUCGGCAGCGGGGCUACGCCAGGGAAAGAAAAGGCGAGCAACGUUGAGGUGCUUCGGAUCAAGGGUCGGCAAUUUCCGGUCACCAUCUCAUACGAACCGCGGCCGGUUGCGGAUCUCCAAGAUGCGCUAUUGAAGAAGAUCUUCAAAAUUCACGUGGAAGAGCCGUUACCUGGAGAUAUCUUGGCUUUCCUCAACGGCCAGGAAGAUAUUGAAGCUGCACAGCGGCUGAUUGAGGAGUAUGCUACGACUCUGGCGUCUAACGUGCCCAAAAUCAUUGCUGUACCCUUAUAUGGACAGCUUUCUAUUGAAGCACAGAGAUUGGCCUUUCAGCCGGCCAGGUCUCCCAUGACACGCAAGGUCGUGCUCGCUACAAAUAUUGCCGAAACAUCCGUCACGGUCCCUGGUGUGAGAUAUGUCGUAGAUAGCGGCAAAUCCAAGGUGAAGCAAUACCGACCGCGGCUGGGCAUGGAAUCGCUGUUAGCCAAGCCUAUUUCCAAGUCAUCCGCCGUGCAGCGUGCGGGUCGUGCAGGCCGUGAGGGACCAGGCAAGUGCUUCAGACUUUAUACUGAAGAGGCCUUUGACAUGAUGCAAGGCUCUGAUCUUCCUGAGAUUUUGAGGAAUGAUGUUCUUGGAGCUGUCCUGACGAUGAAGGCUCGUGGCAUCCAGGAUGUACUGGCCUUUCCGCUGAUAGAUGCGCCAGAAACCGCGUCCAUAGAAAUGGCGCUGCUACACUUGCACUUCCUUGGCGCCCUCAACGAUGACGGCACUAUCACACCGGCGGGAGAAACGAUGGCUAGAUUCCCGCUCUCAGCUCCCCUUGGUGCCGUUAUCCUCGCCGCCUCAGGACCGGAGUUUGACUGCGUUCUGGAAGUAAUCGACGCCAUCUCAUGCCUCACAUCCGGAGACGACAUCUUCAUGCACGUACAAUCCGAGGAAGGCGCAGAGGAGGUAGAGGAGCACCGAAAAGAUCUUCAGAGACGAGAGGGAGACAUCAUCACUUACUUGACCACUAUGCAGCUGUAUGCUGCGGAGAACUCGGACAGAAUAGAAUGGUGCAAGAAGCGCAAAAUCAAUAUUCGCAACAUGAAGCAAGCGUUGAAUAUUCGUCGACAGCUACGAGGGAUGUGUUUGAAGGAGAAGCUCCUUUCGGAGAUGCCGCCAUCUGAUCCUCAGCCGUUUACUCCCUUGUCACCUGAUAAGGCAGAGGCAGUGAUCAAGUGCUUUCUGAGGGGUUUUGCUAUGAGAACGGCCAUGUUGGCACCCGAUGGAAGCUUUGUGACGGUCAAUGGUAAGCAUGUAGUUGCCAUUCACCCAUCCAGCGUCAUGCACGGGCAGAAGAAAGAGGCCAUCAUGUUCCUUGAGCAUGUGUAUACAAAUAAGAAUUACGCGAAGAAAGUCAGUGCGAUCCAGGCAACAUGGAUUGCUGAAGCAUUGGGGCGAUAA